ACAACCGUUGAGUGAUCAAAUCGGCUGAUUCUCACUGGCGGGGUCAAUGCGAGUAGACAGGUAGCUCAACGACAUGUAAGACGAUCUCCUAGGCAUGGCAUGCUUUUUGCAGGCAUUGCGUGCUAGGUGGACGGUCACAUUACAAAUCCAUGCUUGUGCAGCGGAGGCUUUUGCCGAGGAACAUAUAGCAUCUUGAAGCUUCAUCGAAGCUUGAAAGCAAAACCUUUUUUCAACAACCCCACUUCUUCUAAUAAAAACUGUCUGUAGAUAUAUCCAAUCAUGGCUACCGCUGCAGUUCAACAUAGUCCUGGCAAUACCCUUGACCAAGUCGUCGAACCUCUGGCUCGGGAAACUAAACCUGCGAAACAUGACGUUCCUACGGAGCUGUACUAUUACGAUGAUCCCGGUGACGGAACCCCGCCAACUCCCUCUUACGUUGGUAAGCCAAACAGUUACGAACGCCCUCACGUCGCCCAGAACGUCAUCAUCCACGACAUCGCCGGAGACGAGAGUAAAUAUAACAUCGACAGCCAUGGCUUUCAAUUUGUGAAGCAUGAAAGCAAAGAGAAGGAUUUCGUCGAUGACGAGAAGAUCAAGGCGGAAUACUACCCAGAAAUCGAACAACUCCUCAAGGAUACCUUCGGCGCAUCCCGCGUCUUCAUCUUCGACCACACAAUCCGCCGCGCAACCUCCGACGCCCGCAACAUCGCCGGCCAACUGCGUGGCCCAGCCCGCCGCGUGCACAUCGACCAGUCCUACGCCGCCUCCGAGAACCGCGUCAAGCACCACCUCCCUGACGAAGCCAACGAGCUUCUCAAGAAACGCUUCCAGAUCAUCAACGUCUGGCGCCCGAUUAAGACUAUCCUUCGCGACCCCCUGACCCUCGCCGACGCGCACUCCGUGCCCGACAGCGACCUCAUCCCCGCCAAGCUUAUCUACCCAGACCGCGAGGGCGAGACUUACGUCGUCAAGCCGAACCCGGAGCACCGGUGGUACUUCAAGUACGCACAGCGGCCUGACGAGCCGUUGUUUAUCAAGUGCUUCGAUUCUGUGGACGAUGGGCGUGCGAGGCGGAUCCCGCACACGGCGUUUGUGAAUCCGGCGCAUGUGGACGAUGCGCCCAGGGAGAGUAUUGAGGUGCGGACGUUGGUGUUUUAUGAUUAUUAGGGGGGUUUUGAGCUAUUGGGUGUAUGUGAAGAUAUGGAAAAGUCCU